CUGGGAUUAUUCGCUCAUCCGAUUUUCGUGGGAAAUUGGCCGCAAGUCGUAAUCGAUAGAGUUGGAAACCGCAGUGCAUUGGAGGGCCUGCCACAAUCCAGACUACCAGAAUUCACUCGAGAAGAAAUCGACUACAUCAAGGGAACAUACGAUUGGUUUGGCCUGAACUAUUACACAACUGCUCUUGCCCAAUUAGCAUACAAAGUAGAUGAUCUGCCGGGUAAUGCCAGCUAUGAUAUAGACAAGGGGCACAUUAGCUUAGUGGAUGCUACUUGGAAAGUCUCCGGCACGACCAGCUGGCUGCAUCAAGUCCCUUGGGGAUUGACCAGGCUCUUAAAAUGGAUACACGAGAACUACAAUCAACCGGAAAUCAUUAUCACAGAAAAUGGUUGGUCAGACGAUGGCUCCAACUUGAACGACUCAGACCGCAUUGAAUACGUUAAUCUACAUCUAUCCAGUGUGCUUGACGCAAUUUACAACCACAAUGUAGCGGUUACAGGGUACACUCAGUGGAGUUUUAUGGAUAACUUUGAAUGGUCCAACGGCUAUACGGCCAAAUUUGGAGCGAUCUCGGUAGACUUUGCCAAUGAAAACCGAACCAGAACACCAAAAGCAUCUUUCUACUGGUACCAAAAAGUUAUCAAAAACCGGUGCUUAAAUGAGACGUUUGAUGGCGAUGUUUCGGCGGUGGCCACCCGAACUCCGCUCCUUUAUGUUGUUUCAACCGCUCUUAUAAUAUUGAAAAUGCUGUAUUAACUUACCGCUGAACUUUCCCCAUUUCCGCUGUUCCCCAUGUGAAUACCUGCAAUAAAAGAAAUAGAAUUUUAA